UUGGAAUUAGGCUUAGUGUUUCGCGACGGUUCUUGCUCGCGCAAGUUUAUUUCACGGUUUCAUUUAUCUCGUUUAUUAUUGUAAUUAUUCGCUGCUGAAGUGAAGGUUGAUCAAAGCGUACAGUAAACCAAACCGUCCGGGAUACCGUAUGGGAUUCAUCUUCACGAGUGGUGAUGAAAAGCCUGUUAUGGAAGCUAGAACCUCUUACCUUUUUAUUUUCUGUAUCCUUGUGUUUCCUAUUCAUGGCAUCGCGUUGACCAGGCAGCCAGAUUUGAGGAAUGGUGUCUUUGUACCUUCACGGCCAGGUCAUGCACUCAAAGGUUACGUGUUUCAUCAGCUUCUGGUAGGAAGCGCCAUUAGAUGUGGUAAUGCAUGCCUUAUGAAUGACAAGUGUCAAUCAUAUAACUAUGGCAACACUGCUGACUCCGAUGGAAAGUACAUAUGCCAGUUAAAUAACAGUACAGGGGGCUCAAAUCCGUCGGACCUCGUGGUGGAUGAGGGGUUUUCGUAUUAUGAAGAACCGCAGUUACAGCCAAAUCAGGUAAAAAUAAAUUGUUACGAAGGUCUUUGUCAGAAUGAAGGAACGUGCAAAGAAACGACAGAGGGUUACUUCGAUAGAUGUGAGUGUUCAACUUACUACACUGGGAAGUAUUGUGACGACUCCAAAGCCCGCGAUUGCAAAGAAAUAUUAAACAUGGGUGGAACAAGUAACGCUGUCUAUCCCAUCAACCCGGAUGGUCAGGGGAUUAUUCGAGUUCUUUGUGACCAGACAAGAGAUGGUGGGGGAUGGAUAGUGAUACAGCAGCGAAAAACUCCCUUCAAUGCGAACUUCUAUGCGAACUGGACCACAUACGAAGAAGGUUUUGGUAACACUAGCUCAGAAUUUUGGCUCGGUAAUAAAGCGAUACACCGUAUUACUAAAACACCUAGACAACUCUUUAUCUAUCUUAAAAGCGACCAAAACGAAGGUACUGUGAAAUACUACAAUUUUACUGUCUCGGACGAUUCUGGUAACUAUCGUAAUCAGUUCGAUACCGUUCAGCAGAGCUUGGCUGCAGGGAAUGCAAUGUCAGACAACAAAGGAAGGGAGUUUUCGACAUUUGAUCGGGAUAAUGAUUCAAAUCAAUACACCAACUGUGCAAGCAUAAUGAAGUCUGGAUGGUGGUACGAUAGCUCUUGCGGACACUCGGACUUGAAUAAAAAUCUACCACUUUGGGAUACCUGGUUUGACUACCUUAAACUUUCAGAGUGUUGUAUGAAAGUACGUUAGGUGAAAAUUACAUGCACAGCAAAGAAAGCAUAUUGAUCAUAAAAACACCGCGCACAAAAAAAAAAAA